CCGCCGGCCGCCUCCUCUCGGGAGCGGACGCCUGCGAGCAGGUUGUUAUUUUUAUUAGAGGCGUCACUGGGCUCGGAGCUGUGACCAACGCCACCGCAACAGCCGGCACUUCGGGGCGGAGGUGGCGCUGCCCCUUCAGACCUGAAAAAUGGCUGAAAACUCCAGUGACAGUGAUUCAUCUUGUGGUUGGACUGUCAUCAAUCAUGAGGGGUCUGAUAUAGAGAUGGUGGCUUCUGAACAUGGGACAGCCAGUGACAGCUGUGAGCUCCUCCCAGAGUAUUCAUCUUUAGAGCAAGAGGAGCUACAAGUAUUGCAGUUAGAACAAGGAGAGAGCAGCCAAACUGUCACAAUGGUAGCGGGAGAAACUGCUUAUCCAGCUUUGGAGGAAACACAGUUAGCACUUGUGGGAGAGGAAGAAAAGUCACCUGAAGACAAUGUUUCUUUUGGAACUGUCAGUGACGAUUCUGAUAUUGUGACCCUUGAGCCACCUAAGUUAGAAGAAAUUGGAAAUCAAGAAGAAGCCAUAAGUGUUAAAGAAGCACAGAGUCCAGAAGACUUUAACAUGGGCUCUUCCUCUAGCAGCCAAUACACAUUCUGUCCACCAGAAACUGUAUUUUCAUCUCAGCCGAGUGAUGACAAAUCAAGUAGUGAUGAAACCAGCCAUCAGCCCAGUCCUGCCUUUAGACGCCGCCGUGCUAGGAAGAAAACUAUUUCUAGUUCAGAAUCUGAAGAACGACUGCUCGCUGACCAAGAAACGGAACCCUCUAAGGAGCUGGGUAAACGCCAUUUCAGUAGUGGCCUCAAUAAGUGUGUUAUACUAGCUCUGGUGAUUGCAAUCAGCAUGGGAUUUGGACAUUUCUAUGGCACAUUUCAGAUUCAGAAACGUCAACAGUUAAUCAGAAAGAUACAUGACGAUGAAUUGAUUGACAUGAAGGACUAUCUUUCCCAAUGUGACCAGAAACAAGUCUCUGUUACAGAUUAUAAGUCAUUGAAGGAAAACCUUGCAAAGUGUUGGACCCUUACUGAAGCAGAGAAGAUGUCCUUUGAAACUCAAAAAAAGAGCCUUGAUACAGAAAAUCAGUAUUUAAGAAUAUCUCUGGAGAAGGAAGAAAAAGCAUUGUCUUCAUUACAAGAAGAGUUAAGGAAACUAAGAGAACAGAUUAGAAUAUUGGAAGAUAAAGGGACAAGUACUGAAUUAGGUACUGAAAACCAGAAACUUAAGCAGUAUUUGAAAGAAGAAAAGCAGAAAACACGCAGCAUCCUUAAUCAAAGGGAGACUUUAUUGGCAGAAGCAAAGAUGCUAAGGAGGGAACUGGAGAGAGAACGACUAAAAACCAUGGCUUUAAGGGUGGAACUUCAGCAGUUAAGCUCUAGGCAGUCAGAUGGCAACCCAGAUUCUCCCAAUGUUUUGUCAGAAAAAAAGGAAGUAGAAAUCUUACGGGAAAGACUCACUGAGCUGGAACGGAAGCUAACCUUUGAACAGCAGCGUUCUGAUUUGUGGGAAAGACUGUAUAUUGAGGCAAAAGAUCAAAAUGGAAAACAAGAAACUGAUGGAAAAAAGAAAGGGAGCAGAGGAAACUACAGGGCCAAAAAUAAGUCAAAAGAAACAUUUUUGGGUUCAGUUAAGGAAACAUUUGAUGCCAUGAAGAAUUCUACCAAAGAAUUUGUGAGGCACCAUAAAGAAAAAAUUAAGCAGGCUAAAGAAGCUGUAAAAGAAAAUCUGAAAAAAUUCUCAGAUUCAGUUAAAUCCACUUUCCGACAUUUCAAAGAUACCACCAAGAAUAUCUUUGAUGAAAAGGGCAAUAAAAGAUUUGGUGGUACAAAAGAAGGAGCCGCUAAAAAACCAACAGUUUUUAGUGAAUACUUACAUCCACAGUAUAAGGCUCGUACACAAAACCAGAAUAACAGAGGCCCUGCCAUGCAAAGAGAGGGAAGGAAAGAAAAGCCAAUUCACUUUGAAGAAUUUGGGAAAAGUACAAAUUCACAGAAAUGCAGUGCUGAACAUGGCUGUAGUGAAAAUUAUAAUUCUUUCAGAAAGUCUUGUUCUGGUGUAUUUGAAUGUGCUCAACAGGAAUCCAUUAACCUUUUUAAUAUGAAAGUGUCCAAUCCUGUAAGGAUAGAUGAGUUUAGACAGUUAAUAGAAAGGUACUUAUUAGAGAAACUGGAUAGUUUUCAUCAUUGGAAAGAACUUGAUCAAUUCAUCAAUAAGUUUUUCAUACAUGGUAUCUUUAUACAUGAUCAGAAGCUCUUCACUGACUUUGUUAAUGAUGUUAAAGAUUAUCUUAAAGACAUGAAGGAAUAUCAAGUAGAUAAUGAUGGAGUGUUUGAGAAGUUGGAUGGAUAUAUAUAUAGACACUUCUUUGGUCACACUUUUUCCCCUCCAUAUGGACCCAGUCGGCCAGAUAAAAAGAAACGUACGGUAAAUAUUGAAAACUCCAGACAUCGAAAACAAGAGCAGAAGCAUCCUCAGCCACAACCUUAUAAGAGGGAAGGUAAAUGGCAUAAAUAUGAUCGCACUAAUGGAAGACACAUGGCAAAUGUCGAAAUAGAAUUGGGGCAAUUACCUUUUGAUCCUAAAUAUUGACCAUCAGGAUUAAGUUAAAUUAGAAAACUAGCAAAUACGGAUGCUUUCUUCAAUGUUUGUGUUGAAACUAGGAUGAAAUGAUCAAGAUAAUGUCUUUUUAUUAUUUCUAAGUAUCUGUUUGAUGACUUUGUAUUACUCAGAAGCAUCAAGCAAAAGCUUACUAACCUGCAUUUUCCUGUGUAGCUUUGCUGAAUACUUCUUGGCACUGGAAAUGUUCAACUAUAGUUCUGUUAAGGAAGCCAGGCAUGCAACAGGUUCUGUGCAUGAAAUGAGACUUCCUUUCAGUGUAUGAGCUUAAAGCAAGCUCAAGUCAUACAUGACAAAGUGUAAUUAACACUGAUAUUUGUGUGAAAUUUGCAGUUGAGCUUGAAAAAAGUACAUUGUGAUGAAAUUUCUUCUUUAACAUUUUAUAAUUUUACUCUUGCUUCUUGUCUUUUUGUGGGUUCAAGAGCCCGUAGACUUGUGAAGAAUUUGCUGCCUUCUUAUGAGCUUGCUGACUUGUUCUCUUGUGAAAUUUCUUGCACAUCUGAAUAUUGUGGAAGAAACAAUAAAACUACAACAUGAGGAAAACUAAAGGUCUUUAUUUAAAAUCUGGGCAUUGUAUUAAUAUACAAUUUUAUAUUUUAUGAUAAUUUUCGUACAUUUCCUCAGUAGUCAUAUUUGGUAGAGCAGUUCAGAGGUGUUUUGCUAGUUCCAUGAAUCUUACCCAGAGUUUACUAGUGUAUUUAAGCAGCAUCUGAAUAUUUUUACCAAGCAGUGUCUUUUUCUCUGGGAAAGAUCUAAAAACAGUUCAGAAUUUCAUCUUCUAUAGAGUUUCCCUUUUAACUUCCGUUCAUAGAUGUAUAUGUGACUUCCGGUUCGACCCUCUGGCAAGUGAGUGUGGAAGAAAGUAGCAGUUCUCUCAUAGUUUCUUGAAAUUAGGAAAGCACUGAUUUCCUAGAAAUAAAUGUUUAAGUAAAUAAAGGCUACAUUUUGCUCAGUACUGAUUCAAGAAUUUUAGAAUGACUUAUUUUGAUUUGCGCCUACACUACUUUUCUUAAUAAAACAAUGCAGUUUCUUAAAUCAUGGUAAGUAAUGUAUAUACCUUGAUAUACAUAGAACUGGAGCUGAUUUUGUCUAGGGAAAAGGCCAAUUAUAAAAUUAUAGGGGUUAAGAAGGACCAUAAAAAGUUAUGUUGUCUAAUUCUGUGAGCGUUUACUAAACUUCAGGUGAAAUAAAAGUACUGUUUUUCCUUUUU